AUGGGCAAAGACGACGAGCCAAAAACCUACCGUUACAACGAAACCCCAACCUACACCACUUCCAAUGGCUGCCCGGUAUUCGAUCCCGAAUCGUCGCAGCGGAUUGGCAAGAAUGGGCCCCUUCUCUUGCAAGACUUUCACCUGAUCGACCUUCUCGCCCACUUUGACCGAGAACGUAUUCCUGAGCGAGUCGUUCAUGCCAAGGGUGCUGGUGCCUAUGGUGAAUUCGAGGUUACCGAUGACAUUAGCGAUAUUACCACAAUCGACAUGCUCAAGGGCGUCGGCAAAAAAACCAAACUCGUAACACGCUUCUCAACCGUCGGUGGUGAAAAGGGCUCUGCCGACAGUGCCCGAGACCCUCGUGGCUUCUCCGUUAAAUUCUAUACUGAGCAAGGAAACUGGGACUGGGUAUUCAACAACACUCCCGUCUUCUUCCUGCGUGAUCCAUCCAAAUUCCCCGUUUUCAUUCACACACAAAAGAGGAACCCGCAGACGAACCUCAAGGAUGCGAACAUGUUCUGGGACUAUCUUUCUACGCACCAGGAGUCUGCACACCAGGUCAUGCAUUUGUUCAGUGACCGCGGCACUCCCUAUUCGUAUCGUCAUAUGAACGGAUAUUCGGGUCACACGUUCAAAUGGAUCAAGCCCGAUGGAACAUUCAAUUACGUCCAGAUCCAUUUGAAAACUGACCAGGGAAACAAAACCCUAACCAACGAAGAGGCCGGCGAGCUCUCUAACUCGAAUCCCGACUGGCACACACAGGAUUUGUUCCAGGCUAUUGAACGAGGCGAAUACCCGUCGUGGACAUGCUACGUGCAAACCUUGAGCCCCGAGCAAGCCGAGAAAUUCCGCUGGAACGUCUUUGAUCUCACCAAAGUCUGGCCUCAAAGCGAGGUUCCGCUCCGCCGCUUCGGUCGAUUCACCCUCAACAAGAACCCCGAAAACUACUUUGCAGAGAUUGAGCAGGCUGCUUUCGCGCCGUCGCAUUUGGUCCCCGGUGUUGAGCCCUCGGCUGAUCCCGUACUCCAAGCUCGUUUGUUCUCAUACCCUGACACCCACCGACACCGUUUGGGCGUCAACUACCAACAGAUCCCCGUCAACUGCCCCCUCCACGCAUUCAACCCAUACCAGCGCGACGGCGCCAUGGCCGUUAAUGGCAACUACGGCGCAAACCCAGCUUACCCAUCAAGUUUCCGCGCAAUGAACUUUGAGCCCGUCAAGGCCAGCCAGGAGCAUGAGAACUGGGUUGGUGCAGUGAUAUCCCAACAGAUCCCCGUCACGGAUGAAGAUUUUGUGCAGGCCAAUGCUUUGUGGAGAGUUUUGGGACGUACACCUGGUCAGCAAGAGAAUUUUGUGAAGAAUGUUUCCGUUCAUUUAUGUAAUGCGAAUGAGAGGGUGAGGAAGCAGACGUAUGGAUUCUUUACAAGGAUUAAUGCUAUCCUUGGGGAGAGGAUUAAGAAGGCUACGGAGAAGAAUGUGUCUAGGGAACAUGCUCGUCUGUAG